AUGCAUCGAUCUGAAGAUAAAUCAAGUACUGACUGGAGUUUUAGUAUUGAAAUUGGUACAGCAACAAGGACAAAAUUUAUUGCAACAAUAGGUGGAAUUCCCGCGGGGAUAAUUUCGGAUCGAUAUGUAUGUUUACAGCCAGCUGGUGAUGCAAAUGCCGAGCAAUGCAAAUGGUUAAAAUAUGAAGCAUCACCAUUACGUGAACGACAUAUGGCACAUCGUUGGCAAGCAGGUAUUGGUAAUUGUCCUGGAUGUAAUGAACGAGGUAUUGAGAAUUUCUUGCUUAAACUUGAUCCACGACAAUGGCUUGAUGGUUUAAAUUCAACAACUGAAGCGGUUACAUGCGCUUUAGAAAUAGCGCUUAUUAUAGUAACCAUUUUAGCUACCGUCUUAAUAUGCACAAAAUGUAUUAUUCCAUUAGCUAGAUGUACAAUUUCAUUGAGUAAACCACCAAAAAAGUAA